AUGGCGCCUAAGAGACCGAAGAAGAAACCAAUGCCAGCGGCUUCUGUUCCCCGUGUCCGUGGAACCAGCCGUAGGGUGGACCACGGUAAUCAAGGUCAACCGUCUCGUUCCUCCAGUUCUUUAAUCUCAAGCGAGGAACGACCAGCCCAGCAAGAGAGCCGACUUCAGCAAAAUUGUCACGCAUCGAACAAUGAUCGCAAUACGAACCAGGAGUUUCCGCAAAGAAAUGAGGAAGAGAAUCAGAGCAGGUUUCAGAGUGAAAGUCAGAGAAGCAGGAUGCGCAUUCGUCAGGCAUUGCCACAAGGUUUUCAAGCAGAAGGAUUAAACCUGGAUCCGGGAGAACAAGGGAGGGCUGAUGCACAUACCAGCAGUGUGAACCCCCUUGCACCCAAAACCCACACGGAGGGGGAAUCUCCUGCAGUUCAUACCCAAAACCUGGUAUUACGGAGACGUCGACCAUUUGAGCAACACUUGCCUGAACCUGCGUUGACAGUAGUAUUGCCAAAGCAAAGAGCUGCUAGCAUGCCCUCCGUGAAUCAACAAGAAUUAUCCAGUAUGCUUGCGACAACUGAGCAGUACCUAUCAGUUUUAAGGCUUAACCAAAACAUGCAAGUCGGUCGCCCCGCAGGAAUAUCAUCGACAAACCCAAGUCGCAUUGCAAGCGACGGUCAAAUCAGUUUGCGAACAAAUCAUUGCGGGAAUGCAACAAGUUUGCCGAGUAUACAAACCAGGGAUACCAGCCUUCCAGGAAAUGUCGAUGGAAAGUUACCAGCCGUCACCAAGCAGCUCCUGGCUGAAGCAGAAGCAAGGAAAAGAGCAUAUCAUGAAAGAAGACUUCAGGCAGUACGGGCACGCCAAAUCUACCCAGGAAAUGGUACGCUUGGCAGAACAAUUCCGAACAUCAAUGCCGGAGCGUCUGUAAUUCGGGGGUUGUCCCACCAGUGUGGACGGGUCGUUAAAGUGACACCAAGAAGCUUUCGUCCCCAUCGAUUAAUGUUCCGAGGACCCAGCAAUGGAUAUCGUAGCUUCGGUGACCUAGUGCAGGUUGAUAUGCCAUCUCCGUCCUUGGAACAUUUUUCCAUCACGAAGUUUUCUCGAACUGCCUCAGAAUACGGCCGUACAAGUGCGCACCAGCAGUGUGAGCCGCGUUUCAGCGUAUUUCAGGAGCUCCUCAAACGGCCAGAGUUGAUAAUCACAUUAGCAGGCCACCUUCGCGUGCAGGAACUUCUUAUCCUGUAUAGGAUUUGCAAGCCAUUCCAUAAUAUUAUCAACCAGCGCUAUACAACCGUGAUUCUUUCCCAAGCAUUGCGACGUGCCCCUGAAUCUGCAAAGAUCUUCCCGUUCCGUUGCUACUCGAAGCUUUGCAUUGAUGAUCCAGGACAGCGGCCACACCCGAUCGCACAACGCGCAGCGGUUGGGCAUCAUCGCAAAGUCCCAUCAUUCCGCUGGCUCCUCAUGAUCUGCUUCCGCGAGAUGGCUUGUCACGAAAUUAGGAUGAUUAUGGCCGAGGACGGAACUCCGUUGCCCGAGCAAUGCGAAUCGGUCAUGAAGAAAAUAUGGUUUGUGAUGGACAUUCCGGAUAGCACUCGUCGAAUCGGAACGAUCCAAAAUCGCGAAAUUUUCACUGAUGCCGACAUAUUCUUUGCGACCUUGUUAUUUGUGAAAAUGGACAUGCGCUUUACAGACCCGGUAACUGGAAGUGGUCGAGAUGGAAUGCGCCGAAUGCUCUUAUCGCAACCGAGUUUGUCGGCAUUUUGGAAAACUCUAAAGCGAACAGCAUUGACAAGUAAGAUGGACGCGGUCAAAAUGUUCGUUCGGUGGAAAUGGCAACCUCCUGCUCGCCUUACAGGCCAGCCUAUCUUCGAUAUCCCGGCUCACGAGAUCGGCAUCAUGCAAUUUGAAGGAUGGGGACGCACAGGUAGCCGAGUCUGCUUGCAGCGCCCGGACGAUAUCAUUCUCAAGGAGUCUAUUCACCGGCGGUUGAACCUCCAGGCGCACUAUACGGAUAUGUUUUUGUGGGGAUAUGUCAACCCAAGAAGCCUGCAGGACAUCCCGCCCAUCCCGGAGCGGCGGAAUUUAGAGCGAUUAGAGGGUAUGGAAGAGUUGCUGGUUCCCGACGAGGACAAGAGGAACAAAGGAAUCGGAAAACCUGUUUCAGAGCGGGUUGUGUUUAUCUAA